AUGAAAAUGUCGCUCAAUGAGAAGCGGAUGUUCGACCGCGAAACACUCCGUUCCGUGAUCCAGCAAUGGAACACGGUUCGGUUGGACAUUUUUGCGCUGUCCGAGCCAAAUGAGAACCUGGAAUUCCACGGUGUGAUGCGAUUUUACUUUCAAGACGAGGGCCAAAAGGUAGCAACCAAAUGUAUCCGUGUCGCAUCCGACGCCACCGUUUCCGACGUUAUCGAAACGCUGAUAGAGAAGUUCCGUCCUGAUAUGCGAAUGCUGUCCCUGCCGAACUACGCACUGUAUGUGGUCCAUGCGAACGGCGAGGAGCGAAAGCUGAACCCGGACGAAAAACCUUUGCUCGUUCAGCUCAAUUGGCAUAACGAUGAUCGCGAGGGGCGAUUUCUGUUGAAAAAUUGUGCCCAAAAGACAAAUACCUUAGACAGCAUCACCGAUCAGCCGAGCUUCAAGCGCAAGCUGUCGAAAAGGGAAAAGAAGGAGCAGAAAAAGAAAGAAAAGUUGAACAAAUUGCAAUCAAGUGGUGGUGCCGGUGGACCGGAUUCGGAGAAUCAUGUAGCCGAGAAAUUGUACACCGAGCUGCCGGAAACAUCGUUCACGCGAUCCAUCUCCAACCCGGAAGCGGUAAUGCGGCGUCGCCGGCAGCAGAAGUUGGAAAAGAAAUUGCAACAGUUCCGGUCGAGAGACGGCGGUCCGGACACGGGCGGGACGCUGAAGAUCUACGGCGAGAGCCUCUGUCGGGACGUGCCGUACAAAACGCUACUGCUGUCGAUCCGGGACUGUGCGCAGGCCGUGGUCCGAGAGAUGCUAUCCAAAUACGGCAUGGAUAAAGUGGAUCCGCUUCACUACUGUCUCGUGCAGGUCAACAGUGAUGGAUCGGAAUAUAUCCUCGACGACGAUGAAUGUCCUCUCUCAAUUCUAAUGAAUCACCCUACAUCUCGAGGUUCUAUCAUGUUCCACGUGCGCCGCCGACCCGCGGAUUCGCAGCCGCGAAGACGGAAAAAGAAACCGCUGGGCGUAUCGAACGGUGGAAACAACAUUGGCGGUGACCGCGAAGGUCCCAUGCUGAUCGAGAUCACGCACAGCGGGGAUGGUGGACGGCGCGUAAAGCUGGGCAGCGAACCGAUCGAGGUCGGUUCGGCCAACACUAACGCCCUGCAGCUGUUCGGUCCCUCCAUCCAGGCACGCCACUGUUUAAUAUCGAUGCAUGACGGAGUCUGCACCGUGACGCCCCUGCACGCAGAUGGUACGACAUUUGUCAACGGCCAUCACAUCCAGCAGCCAACGAUACUGCACAACGGUUCCGUGGUCAUGUUUGGCAGGGUUGCAUCGUAUCGCUUCGUCGAUUCGCCGUCGGAUGGGCGAUAUAAUCUGGCACUGUCUCAAUCCCAGCUGGAUUCUGCCUGUUUGUACGAAAGUCGAUCACCGACCUCGCCAACGUCCUGGAACGACGAAGAGAGCCGUCCGAUCAGCCCGAUCAGUUCGGUACAGAUUGGUGGUAAGAUGCCGGCCGGAAGCAAUACCGGCGCCGGUGGUAGCUUUCUCGACGGUCCUGUCGCCUCGACCAGUGCCGACAGUGCUUCGUCACAGCAACAGUCGAACUCAUUCGCGAAAACACCAUCGUUCGACAUGCAACCGACGGCCGGUGCUCAACAAACGCAUCCGCACAUGCAUCACCAUCACCACCAUCAUCCGAGCGGGUUGCUCGUGACCGCGUUAGACGGACCGGAUGCGAUGGGUCCGGACGACACGGCCAGCUAUAAAGGGGGUCACGCUGGCAAUAGCAACGAUCACAAUGACGGCGAGCCGCACCUUACCGGUGGCGGUGGACCUUUCGGAGCAGGGAAUGGAGGUGAAACGGAAACAAAAUCUAUUUCCAGCUUCAAAUCCAUCGGAUCAACUACCGACAGCAGAACGAGUACGUUUCCAAAGCUGCUGCCAUCGCUUGCCGCAACAUCAAUUGCGGGCGAACCCGGCGGUCAGGAACCCAUACUUCCCGCCGUGCUGGAAUUCCCGGAACAAAACCAGGAACCGUUUCUGCAAUCCGUCAUCAGCGAGCUGGACGUGAAUUCGCCCAACUUCAAGCUGGCACCGGUCUAUACGCUCUACCUGUGCGCCCGGUACCGUGCCUCGACGCAUUACCGUCCCGACUUGCAGCCAACGGAGCGGGCCCACAAGCUGACGGUAUUUCUGCACCACGUUGCCAAUCUGAUCCAAAACGUUGUCCAGGAGCAGUACACCGACGCCAAAAUACUGUCCUUCUGGAUGGCGAACAGUUCCGAGUUUCUGCACUUUCUCAAAUCGGACCGUCACAUUUCGGCGUUCAGCGUCCAGGCCCAGGAAGUGCUGGCGGAAAGUGUACAAACAGCGUUCCGCAAUCUCGUAUCGAUAUUUCACGUUGAGCUGUCGCAGACGCUGAACCAAUUCCUGUCGGAAAACAUCGAUCACGACUCGGCAGCCGGACUGGUGCUGUCCGUGCUUGGUUCUGCGAUGGCUUUGCUGCGCCGAUGCCGCGUCAAUGCUGCACUCACUAUUCAGCUGUUUUCGCAACUAUUCCACUACAUCAACGUUGUGUGUUUUAACAAGUUUGUCACUACUUCACACAUGUGCACCAGUGCAUGGGGAAAAGCCUUAAGUGAGCGACUCUCGCUCCUGGAACUGUGGGCGGAAAAGCAAGGUCUAGAGCUGGCGGCCGAUUGUCAUCUAGCGAAAAUCAAUCAAUGUGCCCAAUUCCUGCAAGCUCCGAAAACGUCCGUCUCCGACGUGCAGCAGUUGGCGUGCUCAUGCUUUCGACUGAACUCGCUCCAGAUGGCUGCCCUGCUGUCACAGGAAACCAUUCCACGCAACCUGAUUGACACGGCGGUCCGGAUGGCCGAAUCGGUCGCGGAUGAGCUUAGCCGUGCGGAUGGACGUGAAAUACGGCUCGAAGAAUCGCCGGAACUGCCGCUAGCGCUGCUACUGCCGGACGAUGGUUUCAGCUGUGACGUCGUUCGGGGGAUUCCUGCCGGUUUGGUAGACUUCCUGAAUCCGUUCCAAAUGGCGGGCUGGUGCCGGCUAGCAUCGCAACCGACAAGCAUAGGCCUGUGGACGGUGUACAUGCACCAGUUCAAUCACGGCCGUUCGCCGAGCGUUAUGUCGAGCAAGCUACCACAGCCAGAAGUGCAGAUUAUAAAGCUGCACAAAAAUGCCAACGGUAUGGGGCUUUCGAUUGUGGCGGCCAAAGGGGCCGGACAGGAACGGCUCGGUAUCUACAUCAAGUCGGUGGUGGGUGGUGGUGCGGCCGAUCUCGAUGGACGGCUUCAGGCAGGUGAUCAGCUGCUGGAAGUCGACGGUCAGAGCUUGAUCGGUAUCACGCAAGAACGUGCGGCAGAUCAUUUGGUGCGUACCGGACCAAUUGUAACUCUGAAAGUAGCCAAGCAAGGUGCCAUCUAUCACGGAUUAGCAACACUUCUCCAGCAGCCAAGUCCCGUAAUUCAGCGAGGCGGACGAAGAAUGUCCGAACGGGACAUGACUCGCGUCGGCACAAGCAGUGGCGAUAUCAGCAAGCCACCAGUACCGUCAACAUCCGCCGGACAGCAGUUAUUAAAUAGUAAAUCCGUUCCCGCAUUGCACCAUGUGGGCAGUAUUGGUGCUUCAGCUAAUAAAUCCCGUAGCAUACAUAACCUUGCCGGUGGUGGUGUGGGAGGAGGAAGUGUAGGAGCGAUCGGUUCUUCGGGAACCAGUCAGGAUCAAGGAUUCUAUCAAAACCUCAGCGUGUAUAGAGCCCAGAAUCAGAGUCAUCCAAAUCUUGGUGAACGACCACCUAUGCCUCUCCAGACGUCCUUGAAUUCCCCCGGAGCUUCUGGGACGGUUCAUCAGCAACAACAGCAAAUGUUGCAACACCAACACCAACAGCAGCUCCAGCAGCACCAACAACACCCGAUUCUAAACCGUCCAGCGUCUGCCUAUUUUAAUAGCAAUAAUAGCGGUAACAAUACCAACCCUAGCAAUUUGUUACUGACUACACAAAACACCAUGUCUUACACAAUGCCUAAUCAGCAGCAGCCUAAUAAUAGUAAUAACGGUAAUCUAGCAAACAUGUCGCAGCAGGGUAACAUGAACACGAUGAACAACCGGCUAGCGUCGACGAUGGGUGUCAAACAGCAGGCCGUGCCUCCGGGCGGAGUAGGAAACAAUGGUAACGUGAACGGGUUUAUGCGCGAUGCCCAGGCACAGCAGAGCCUGCGCAUGAAUCAGAUGAUGGCACCGUCGAUGCCAAACAUUGCACACUCGGUGGCGGGCAGCGGCUAUCCGGCACCUGGUGGUAUUUCGGCAAGCCAGAGCAUGCAAAACGUCAACGUAAUUCCCGGUGGACCUGGCAGUCCGGCAGGAAGCUAUAACUAUCACGGCAGUGCUAAUGGUAGCCCAAUGCUUUCGCCACAAAUGUAUCCGCACGAUGGUCAGCAGCAGCUAGGUGCGCAACAUCAUUCGUCUCUGCUGCGCGGUCAAGCGAAGUUGGCUGAAAUGAACGAACUUAUCAAACGUCGUCAGCAACAGCAGCAGCAACCGGUUUCGUACAACACUGCUACGACAAACAAACCUUCCCAGCUGCAACAACAACAACCGCAACAAGGACCAAACGCGACAAUGCCACCAACCACAGCUCCGAAACCAUUGCGUGCCUCUCAGGAUGAUCAACCUCCUCUUCCGCCCGUAUCAACACAUCCAAUGUUCAAACCAGGCAGUGGAGGACCGGCGCAACUCAACAACAAUGCGUACAGUAGUGCCGAUCCGCCCAAGGUAGGAUUCUAUCCAACAAUGCCGUCGCAAAGCAAAAACCUACCCCAGGUCGGUAGCAGUCCCUGGGAGCGGGAGGAGAAGGAGAAGGAAAGUGAACUGCGUCGCGAGCAUGUGCGUGCCUGGCGGGAUCAGCAGAUUGUAGAAUUGCAAUCGCUGCCACAGCGUACACCGAAGCAGGAAGAACAGCUGCGGACGCUCAUGCUUGAGCGUGACUUCGAGCGGCGUGCGAUGGAGGAGGAUCAAGACUACGAUAACGAUAUGCCGCCUUAUGGCGCAAAGGACCAUGGCAAUGUGCAGGAGGUAGUACGUCUAGCGCAACCAAAUGCUGGCCCACUCACUGCACCGAUGACGAAGUUGAAGCAGGUUGACAUCAAAACACCGGCGGCCGACACUCUUUCUAUCACAUCGAGCGAACAUUCAUCGAAUGUGCCGUCCGUUUCGACAGCAAUUGCAAACUUCCAGCAGCAGCAGCAACAACAGGCGUCGGGUAGCGGUGCACCACCGCUAAUUCAACCCAAAAGCAUUCUCAAGCACAACAACAAUAGUAGCACGCCUUCGUCCCCAUCUAAAGGAGCCGCAAAGACGGCCAGCUUUGCCCACGACGGAAACAAUCCUGCUGCACGAGCGCAGCUAAAUCUGAGCGAAAUAACGGCCAACAAUACGAAUGCAAACCAGAUGAUGUCUCAGAUGGUGCAUGAUAUGAACCAGCUGAAUCUAUCUUCCAACAUGGCAGGAGUACAGUCGGCACCGGCCGGCAUGAUGGGUGAAGAUCGUGAAAACAGCGAGUAUGGUCAUCCAAUGGCUCACGAGCAACAAACACUGAUCAACGGUGGCGGAGUGAACCCGUAUAUGCUGGGAGGUGAUGCGAAUAACGGCAAUGGAGGUGUUCCACCGCCUCCACCACCGGAACGGAACAGCUCGUAUGUGAUCAUGUCACAACAGCAGCAAAAGCUGCGAACGAGCACCGCUCCUACGAAGCUAUCCUUUAGCGGUCCAAUCACCAGCAGUCCUGCGUUGGACCUGCAACAGCAGCAACAGAAUGCUAUGAACAAUAACAACGUCAAUGCAAUGGGCGCACGGUACAGUAAUAAUAACCUGCUGAUGACGGCACCAAACAACGGCCAGCUAAACAAUAAUCCAACUACGCCAAUGGGUGGUGCCAACAAUGUAAACGCAUCAGGAAAUGCUUCGUUACUAGCCAACAGCUACAAGGACAAUAAACGGGUGUCGUUCCACGAUGAGGAUGCCGGUAACAACAACAAUCCUUCGACGCCAAUGAUGGCUGCUGGGCCCGCCGGUUACACGCAAGCAGGCCAUUUGAUAGGCGGUAGUAUUGGUAACGAAACGACCGGAGCAAGCGGAGAGCUGGGAACCAUCCUUGAACGACCAGAUCCAGACCGUUUCAUCGAUGAAACUAUGCCGGCCAUGCUGCAUACACCGACAACGCCGGACGGUGAGAACUGGAACAUGCAAAUUCAAGCAACGCCAGGAGUAAUUGGCGCACAGGAAGUUUAUCGUGACCCUCGUACGCGCCGAUUGGCAGAACAGCAGCAGAAACAGAAAUCGGAAGCCGUGCCGGAGAAACUGUCGUUCAAGGAGAAGAUGAAAAUGUUUGCGCUGGAAUCGGGCGAGAAUAAUACACCGAAGGAUAAGCUAAAAAUAUCUCGCGCCCAAAGGGACAUCGAUGCCGUACACUAG